AAUAUAAAUACAAAAAAUCCCUAAAAAAUGGCGCAAACAAAAGCAAGGGCCGUCAGAUUCGAUUAUUAUGGAGCAAGAAGAACCAUGUGAAGCAAAAGAAACAGCUUCUUCGAUAGAGCCCAAAACACCAAACCCUAAUGUCCCAGAUUCGAUUCCGGCUAUCGAUUCUGAUUCUUCUCUAUCGGAAGAAGAAAUAACCACAAAGAAAGACAGAGGAAUCGUCACUUUGUCUCCUUUGUGUAUUGAUUCUGUUUCAGUCUCAGAUUGUGUUUUGGUAUCUGAUGAAGAAAUUAUAGAGUCAAUUUAUCAGAAUCUGUUGAGAGUUAUUGUCUCUGCUUCUUCUACUGAGAUUUGGUGUUUUGAUGGUUGUAAGACACCACCUCCUUCGUCUCGGAAUCUCGAUUCGAAUAUGGUUAGUGAUACUUGUCCUGGAGCUCCUAUGAAGCUCACUAAGAUAGCUAGGAAUAUUGAUUCUGGAUUAAGAAGAAAACUCUUCUGAGUAUCUGACCUUGAAUUUGUUGUUGUGGUGUGACCUUGUUGUAGUAGCUAUAAGAGCUUUAGAGGUUAUAACUCUUAUGACUCUUGAUUUGACUUUUGUUUGUACAGUCUUCUUAGGUUUUUUAUGUGUAAUUGCUAGCUAAAGCUAGUUGUUGUGGGAGACAUUCAGUUUUUGUUCUUUCUUUCUUGUCUGUAAUUUAUGAAUGGUGAGGAAUCUAUAAUAAGUUUCAACUUUUCCUCUUUUGAA